AUGACAUAUGAUGGAAACGUAGCAGGCAUUCGGCCGUUAUCUGCUGGGCAGAUAGAUGACGUCGUUGUUUCUGCUGGUGAUAGCAGAUCUCUCCGUUAUUUCGAUGGAUACACAAACGGCAUCUAUUUAACUGCGGUUGGUGCUCUUCGACUGGGAAGGGGAAGGGUAGCCAUCCAGAAUACUCUAGUAGUAAGGCUUAAGAAACUGUUCAGCCAUUGUCAUAAUUACGGCAAGGUUGGCUCAUACGGCUUAGUCCAGUGGGCUAGGGACUGGGCACUGGGGUCCAAAGGCCUUUCCAAUGCUUCUGGAGUGAGACGGCCAAUGGUAUCUACUCUUGAAAGACUAGGACCUGUCACUGUCACCACCGACAUCAACCAUGCUUGCCGAGGCGAUCUUAUCACUGAGCUGCACAGCCCCGGAGGUAUCGUCAACCGUUUAGGCAUGGCUAGACAGAAUGAUAAUGAGACUUCUUCAGGGGUGAAGCCGGCGUUGACAACUAGACCAUAA